AGAUGAGGCAUGGGAAUAUGAAAGAGUAGAAAGCUGUUUUGCAACAAGAAGGAUUGUGGAGUCCUGAUACUCUCUUGGGAGGUUUUGAAUCAAAACUUCAAAUUGCUGAAGAAAUUCAUGUCCCUCUGACUCAGUAAGGAAGGGUAGUAUGCCUAUGGACGCUUUCAAAAGAACAAGUGAGUUUUCCAGAUUCGAAACAAUCUUUUGGCUGAUCAUACAAAAUAGAUGUUUCAGAAAAGAAUUCCUGUUGGUAGAUUGUUUAUAUAAUUGAAAUUUAGAGGAUAUAAUAUCCUGUAACUCAUGUUCAGGAACGGGUAGAAGGGUAAAGUUGAAUAAGCAAUCGAGAGGAAUCAUAAACAUUUCUUGAUCAUUUGCGGAAGUAGGCUCAUUGGAUUCAGAAGAAAUAGUAUUUGCAAAUAGAAAGUCGUGUAGACAGAGUUCUAACACAAAGUCAUUACUAACGGCUUCUCGAGAAUUUUGCUUUAGAGCGUAGAACAAAAACGAGCAAGAAUUUGAUAUUUUUUCAAGAUCUUCCAUGGUUGAUUUUACAAAAGUAGUAUCAGGGAUCUGGCCGGAUAACAAUUUAUGAAUUCUCAACUUUUGCAACUGCUUAACAAGAAGCAAAGUAUACAAAAACGGAAUUUCUGAAAACUUCUCAAUAUCAAAUUCUUUCCCUUCCACCGUCCAGCAAUGUAAAGUUUGGCUUAAGCUUUUUGCAUGUGGAACAACCAUUUGUUUACCCCUCGUCAUUGCUACUGCAAAAAUAAAAUCCAAAGUAGACCAAGAGGAAGAUAAAGAACGAAAUCCCCAUUCUAAUUCACUUAACAGAAGAAGCAUUUUCUGACAUAUUUUGCUAUCUCUGCUACUAAAUUCAAUCUUUGCAUACUGUUUCAGACUAAUAGCCUCUAGCACGAUAACAAAUAUGAAAAAAGUGGAUCGUUUUCGAGAAACAGAAGACAUUGAAUUAGAAACACUCUUCAAAUGAAUAACCAAUUGAAGCAAUCUUAAAAGAGUUAACGGAAUGCGUUCAAUAAUACCAAACACUUACCUUUGCAACAAGUCUUCUAAAGUUUUUUGCGACAUGUGAGUAAUCAAGCGAGAUAACACAGUUGCUGGCAAAACUGCAGCUUCAGCGCUAUCCAAAAUAGCAUAAGAAAAUGCAUUCCAAGUUAGGAAAUACCAAGCCUAUAAGCAAUUAGCGGAAUUAUUCUUUUCAUUUUCACGUACAAGAGGAUUUGAAAAGAGUGAUAAACAAGUCCAGUUCACUCCAACUCCAUAAUCAAAUUCUUUAAAUAGGAUUUGGAUAAUUUGAAAAGAUUCUAAUUCAUGUAGAUGCACACUUCGAAUCGCCGUCCUCAGUAAUUUUUUGACUUUUCGUUCUAUAGUGUACCGCGAUAGGAAAUGCGAAUUACAUUUUAAACCUCUAUACAAGGCGCUCAUUAGAAAAAGUUUUCUUGAUACAAUUUCAUCUUGAUUAUCCGGUAUUUUUUCCAAGGUUUCCGCCAGAAUUUACAAUACUCUAGUGCUUCCCAAUUCACUAGCGGAAUUUGAACGUUUUUCUAUUAUACCAUAGAUGAGAGUUAAUAAAUUAUGGGAAACAUUCGUCUUUGAUCGCCAAAAUGGUUCGCAAUGCAAUAACCUGCCAAAAAUUAAAGAAACAUUUUGUUGAUUUCGUAAUCUAGGUAGCGUUAUAGCUAUAAGUUCAAUGAGACUAUAUGUUAGUUGUCUUAUAAAGAAAUAUACUUACGAAUCUAGUGAAAAAAAAUCACUCUGCAGGUGCUGCAGGAUAUAAUUCACUGUUGCUUCCAUUAUACAAUCAGCUCUUAUUUUUCGGAAGAAACCAACAAUUAAUUUAUUUCAUACACAGUAUUCUUUUUUACUCUCGAAUAAGAAGACUAUCUAUUUUUGACAUUCAGGUAAAGCUGCUUUCGUAAGCCUUGUACACCUUAUCAAAUAUGGCUUCUUUUGUCCGAACGGCCAAAACAACCUUUUUGGAUAAUCAAUUUCCAGUUCUUAAAGAUAUUUCUUUUGAAAUAGCUAGAAAUCAAAACUGGGCCGUAGUUGGCGCUGUUGGAAGUGGAAGAACUACAUUUCUAAAAUGUUUACAAGGAUCAUAUACACCUUCUCCUGCUACAAGUUUCAAUUACCCUUUUCUAUCUGGUAGUGGUAUAAGUCGCUGGCAGGCGAUUCAAUUUUUGGACUUUCAAAGCUCAGGUCUUCAACGUGCUGCAUACUAUUCAGAAAGAUAUCAUUCACAUCGCGAAGAACGGGAGGAUACUACUCUUCUGAAAUGGUUGACUGAUGCUCACAGAGGCUCGGAAGAGAAAGCAUUGGAAAACGUGCGAUAUGCUGCUUCUAUCACAAGACUGGAGCCCUUACUCAAUUCUAGUUUAAUAAAUCUAAGCAAUGGACAGUCUAGAAGAGCUAUGCUUGCUGCGAAGUUGUUACUACAACCUCAGUUGCUACUAUUAGAUGAACCAUAUUCUGGUCUUGAUGUCGUGUCACGUUCAGUAGUUUCAGAACUUCUAGGAAACAUGUCCAAUGCUUGCUCUCCUAAAAUUGUUCUUUCCCUUCGUCAACAAGACGAAAUUCCUGAUUUCGUAACUCAUAUCGUCGAGUUAAAAAAUCAUAAAAUAACCUAUCAAGGAGUUAAGGAUAAAUACAAUCCAUCCUCUAGUCCUAUAGUUUUAUCAAAACCCGAACUUAAAAAUGCUCCUCCUCCAAAGAUCGGCGGUCCAAUUAUUGAAAUGAAGAACCUCGACUGUACCUAUUGGGGUAAAAAUGUUUUACAAAAUAUCAAUUGGACUAUAAGAGAGGGUGAAAGAUGGUAUUUAAGUGGUAGCAAUGGAAGCGGUAAAACCACUCUUUUAGCUUUUGCCCUUGGCGAUCAUCCAAAACUCUUUGCUACAGACAUCAAGUUCUUUGGAAAGUCCAUUGGACCAGGAACAGGAAUCUCAGUUAUUGAUAUUCAAGAAAACGUUGGUCAUUGCUCACCUGAGAUACACACACAUUUCCCUAAAGAAUUUACUUGUAGAGAGACCCUAUUAAGCGCCUGGAGUACUACUUUUACUAUCCCGAAAGAAACCGAGAGCCGUUCUAAAACCAUUGCAAAGAUUCUAGACGAACUGAAUAUCCGUAAGUUUGAAAAUACCCCUUUAUCUCAAUUACCUAUGGGUAUGCAAAGAUUUAUUCUUUUUUGUAGAGCUAUUAUCAAAAGUCCUCGUUUGCUUGUUUUGGACGAGCCGUUUCAAGGCGUGGAUAUUGAGUAUAUGCAUCUAGCUCAUAAGUGGUUGAACAAAAAUCUUUUACCUUCACAAGCAAUGGUCAUCAUUUCUCAUUACGAAGAAGAAAUUCCCGCUUGUGUUAAUGCUAGUGCACGCAUCCAUCAGGGAAAACUGCAAACUAACACUUAAGUCAUGUCCUAGUAUGUAAUUCAUACUUUUGAGGUUUUCGGAUCAGAAGUUAGAAAUAAUUUCAUAAUGAACGUUAAACAAAUAAAGCACUAUUCUUUGAAAAACGCAACACGCAUAGUGUUUCUCUUCCGGCCUUUCUUCGCAAAACUUCUUUUGAAUCAUAACCAUAUCUCAACAUAUAAGUUUGAAUUUUUUCAGGUUUAUUUCGAGCCACAGCGACCAUGUAAAAAACUCCAUCUGCUGAAAGUAUGUCCUAGUAUAAAUUAGUCAAAAAUUGAAACGCAAGAGAAAUGAUAUGCUUACACUUAAAUUGUUUAAUAAUUGGUUUGUCACAUCCAUUCCAUCAGUCCCUCCUGCCCAAGCGGAAGCAAUGUUGGCUUCUUUAGGGAUUUCCUCGAAUUCUGUGGGAACAUAAGGAGGAUUAAAAAGUAAGACAUCAAUGCUUUUUUUAAUUCUUAAUCCUUGUAAAAAAUAAGUUUGUGCAGUUAGCAAUAUACCGCUUUUAUCAUUGUAUAAUUCUCGAUUUUUAUUCACCACAUUAGUGGCCGCAUUACAGGCAGCAUUUGAAAUGUCUGUCAUAAAAUGAACUAAACAUUUAGCUUUAUUUUAUAGUCAAUAUCCUUACUCGUUGGCCUAUUCUGCAAAAUUCCACUUUUAAAAAACGACGACACACAACCUGAUCCACAACUUUCAACAUGGUCAGUUAAUACAUUACCGUGAUAUAAUUUUACCCUAUCUCUGCAGUGAAAAGUAACUUUUCAGCUGCAAAUUUACAUAGCUUGUCUUUAUCCUCCUCUAGAGCAUCCAGCAACGCAAAAGUAUCCUCUGUACGGAAUUAGCAAUUUCUCAGUAUCAAUAAUAAUUACCUGCAGGUUCAUAUACAUCCUGGAAUACAUCUUCUAACAAACAAGAAGUAUCAGGAGUAGGAAUCAUUUGGAUUGUAAUUUUAUUAUUUUUUAGCUAAGUUCUUUUUAUUCUCUUCAACAAAAAAUCUUUUGAAUUUCUUUUUGCGUUUCUAAAUGUUAAAUGUUUCAGUUUUGCUAUGAACGCCAUCGAAGAUGCAUGUGUGAUUGAUCGGUAGAUAGUGUUUCGUAAGGAUCUGGAAAUGUAAGAAUUACUUAUUAAGAAAUGAUCGGAAAGUUUAAAAUUACAUACCUUAAUUGCCUCUUGUGCUGCAAUACCGCCUAUCAAAGAAGAAACUGGGUGAAUUUCGAGACCGGAAGCUCGAGACCUAGUUCGCAAUUAGUCAUUAGUUCUCUGAUGUAUAAAUAAACGUACAAUUCCUCAAUGCACUCCAAAACUUUUUCUUUGUACUUCUCUUUCAAGGAGU